AUAAAGAACAUUUUUCCUUUUAUAAAAUAAUAUACAACGUGUACUCUUUGUUGUUUUCUGUUUGGUUUAUAUAAAAACUACUUUAACUUUGUUUUGUUUCGUUUCAGUCUCUCUUUCUUCAAUAACUGUUACAUGGGUUUUGUUUUUGGUAAUGAAUUUGAAGAUGGGUCACCUUGAUUAGACGCUUUUUCUCUGAAUUCUCGGUGGUUUUUUGGUUUUCUUCCUUGAGUUUCUCACAUGAACAGUAUUGAAUCUCGCCUUGGAUUAUUGAUUUCAUUUUGGGAAGAUUGGACUUUGCUUUGUUUCAAGCAGUCAGAUCUUGUUCUGAAGUUACAUACUUUUCUGGGGCAUGGCUAGUGGGGGGAUUUCAUCUGUUAACUCAGAGAAAAUUUCCCAUCGGUUUGCUAGAGCUUUAUCAUCAGCCUUUCUUGAAUGGCUGCUGCUUUUUAUGCUUUUUAUUGAUGCUAUAAUUUCAUACUUAAUCACAAAAUUUGCUCAUAAAUGCAAAUUGCAAACCCCAUGUUUGCUAUGCUCAAGACUCGAUCAUGUUUUUGGCAAUGAAAAACUGAAAUUUUAUUGGGAUCUGGUAUGUGGUGAUCAUAAGUUGGAGAUUUCAUCCUUAGUCUACUGCCAUGCUCACAACAAGCUUGUUGAUGUUCAUGGAAUGUGUGAAAGUUGCCUUUUCUCAUUCGCUACAAUAAAUAUGUCUAAUGCUGAAACCUAUAGAUUAUUGGUCGGCAAGUUGGGGGAAGAUUCUGACUGUGUUCUUGAGGAGGAUCCAUCAUGUGAGAAUCAUAAACUUGGGCAGUCAACUAUAAGGCAGUGUUCUUGUUGCAAUGAGCCAUGGAUGCCAAAAGGGUAUUUCAAAACAUUGAUACAGACACAAUCAACUGUGUCUCAGGCUGCUGAAUAUGAUCAACCUUUACCAGUUUCCGUACAACAUGGUCAGGAUGACCUGAACAGAAGUGACAAUGCAUUUAUUUCAGUUAAAGCUACACAUCAGAGAAAAAAUGGGCCUGAUCCUUUAUCUCAUGUAGGAUAUACAGAGCUUAAGAUUACUUCUGAUUCUGAAUCUGCAGUCUCUACUGAUGCUGGUGAUGAGGAAGAUGCUCUAAUUAUCCAAACUGAUCAUCUACAAAGAGAUAUUGUGGAUCAACAUGUGCAGCCAGAGUCUUGUACUAUUACUAUGUCAGACGAUUUUGCUUCAGAGAAAUUCAUGGAUCCUGUUUCUGCUCCUAAGCCUUCAAUUAUCAUCUCACAGUCACAAUCAGACAUCAUUGAGCCUCUUGGCACUAAACCUGUGGAAUCUACUGAUCCAAGCGGACAUGGCUUGGAGGAACUUAAUUGGAAGCAAGCCAGUAGCAAAACUGAACCCUCUGCAUCUUCUGAGUUUAUUUCUUUUGAUGAUGUCCAAUUAUCAUCAAUGGGUGAGGAAGUUUCUAUUGAUGUGUCAAAGGAAAUGAAUUUUAAUUCCCUUGAUAAGGUUCCUGCAUUGUCAAAUGCCGGUGAAAUUCCUUUUCAAGGUUCAGAAGACAGUAAGAUUAGUUCUCUUGAUUAUGUGUCUUCAUCAUCACUAGGCAACAAAACUCCUGUUGAAUUGUCAAAGGAGAGUAAGCCUAUUUCCAUUGAUCAUGCUUCUCCAUCAAAUUUUGUUGCAUCUUCUGUUGAAGAAUCAGAAGAGUAUAGUGUUAUGAGAACUCUUGAAGUUGAGAAGAAAUCUGUUACAGAAUGCGAGGAAAUCUGCAAAUUGAGAGAACAUCCGCUUCCAAUACCUGAAUCACCAGUCGAAAGCAACCAUGUUGCAAGUGACACUAGCAUCCUAUUACCCAAUCCAUUGGAUCUAAGCGAUGCUUAUAAGUUAGCUGUAGGUAGUAGAGGAAGGCAAUUGUCUGGUUUGCUUGUUGAACAAUGGAUUGGAAAAGAUUCUUCUAGACUUAGCGAGGAUCUAAGGGUCUUAUUGUCACAGUUAUCUGCCACUAGAGGGCUGGAGCAAUCAAUGAGCGAUGUAAGUCCUAAGAUUGCUGUAAGUCCUAGGAUAUCUAUAAAUAGUGACGAAUUCAAGGCUUCAGAUUCUUCAACAUUUAAUGGAAUACAGAUACUUCAAAAGAGGAUCUCCCUUGAGAGAAAUGAGUCUGGUUUGUCUAUAGAUGGAAGCAUUGUUAGUGAAAUCGAAGGUGAAAGUGUGGUUGAUAGGCUAAAACGACAGGUUGAGCAUGACAGGAAAUUGUUGAGCACUUUGUAUAAGGAAUUGGAAGAAGAAAGAAAUGCAUCUGCAGUUGCUGCAAAUCAAGCAAUGGCCAUGAUUACUCGACUGCAGGAGGAGAAGGCAACACUCCACAUGGAAGCCUUGCAGAACCUCAGAAUGAUGGAAGAACAAGCCGAGUAUGAUAUGGAAGCACUGCAAAAAACAAAUGACCUCCUUGCAGACAAAGAGAAAGAGAUUCAAGACCUGGAAGCUGAACUAGAGUUUUACAGGAUGAAGUUCCCCAAUGAAAUGGUAGCGGAGAUAAUGAAGUCAGCCUAUGAUUUGAAAGCAAGACAGGGCACAGUGGAUAAUUCAGACGCUAAUGGGAUUGGGGAAAGGGCAAGCAUACACAAAGAGCCAGUUAGCAAUGAACCUAAUAUCUGCUCUAGAGUUGAAGAAACAGAUCAGUCAUUCAGAGAAAACAAGGGCACCAUGAAGAAUCCAUUGUCAGGUUAUGAAGAAGGGUAGCAUGAAGAAUUCAUUCCUUGAGCCUUUAUGUACAAACAUUAUAAAGGUGACCAGUUGAUGAAGAGUGGCCAUCAAUGUACAGAAUUGCAGAGAUUGUUUUCUUCACAGGCAGAACAUAAUAUAGGACAUGAUUUAUACAGUAUGGUUUCCCUUUAUUCCCCCCCUUCUUUUUUUCCAGGGGGUUUCCAUAGCUAGCUGACAUUUAUUUUGCAUACCAUCAAAAAUGGAGUUGGUGAAAUUAUUUCUUUGUUUUAUUCCCAUUUCCUUUUUAUUCUUCUCUUGGUAGUCUGAGUUUGAAGUCCCUUUUUUUUUUUUUUAUCUCUAGUGAUUGCAUUUUGUACAAGGUGUGCUGUUGAGUGUAAAGCUAAGGUUGAAAUGAUCAAUCAACCCAAUAAUGUUGUAAAUCAGAACAUAUCAUCAAUUACAAAGUUUGCUAUUGAUUGGCUUGAUUAUUCAGAAUUUUGAUCCCCAUAUUUUACCUGAAUGUG